GUGCACAACGUGUGUGUUCAUACUGUUGUUUUAUUAAAACCAUGGAGCUUGCGUAUAUAAUAUAGGGUGCUCAGCGGCCUCUACUUGACAUCGUUAUCUUAUCACCUUUUCUUGCUUAGUUCAUAGACGUAUGGGCUUUGACGGGGAGGUAGCAUGCAUGGGCAGAGAGGCGUCGUCCCUCCUCGGCGCGGAGAGGGGCCAAAGGUGGAAGCAGCAGCAGGGAACGGCUUUCUCGGCCACAGUUACUCCGCGGCCCGCGCCGAUUACGACGUCGCGGUCAUGGCCGCGGCGCUCACGCACGUCGUCUGCGCCACUGAGCCACCACCGCCGCGCGGGGGCGAGGCGGCGGCGCUUCCGCCGGGGCCGCGGCAAGGAGGAGGGACGACGGAGCUGCAGGCGGCGGCGCGGGCACAUCAGUACAGGGGCGUGAGGCGGCGGCCGUGGGGCAGGUGGGCGGCGGAGAUACGGGACCCGGAGAAGGCGGCGCGCGUGUGGCUCGGCACGUUCGCCACGCCCGAGGAGGCAGCCCGCGCCUACGACGACGCCGCUCGCAGGUUCAAGGGCGCCAAGGCCAAGCUCAACUUUCCGACGACUACUGCUACUGCUACGACGACGACGACAUCGCUGUCGUCGCCCCACCAGCUGCUGCGGUCAGCCGCGGAGUCGGAGACGGCGGGGGAGGAGUUCCCCGACCUCGGGCAGUACAUGCACAUACUCCAGAGCAGCAGCGACGCCGACGUUCGGGCCGUCGCGGCCGGGUUGCCGCUGAUGAACCGCCUGCCGCCAGUGGACGGUCGCCAAGACCAUGGCAGCAGCAGCGCGAGCAGCGGGCGCUAAGGCACGCGUGACGCUUGUGAUCGUCACGGUACCCAUGAGCCCAUGACCUCAGACCUCCCAUGCCAAUGCAGCGCGCGCGGUCCAGCAUUAUUUGGCCAUUUGCUGUUAUCAAACGUGUUCGGUGUUCCAUGAGCGUGCGUGACGUGACACCUGAACACACCUGAUUAGAGUUGCUUGCCAAGAUGUGGUUGGUAGCUAGGGCUUAAUGAUCAGGAGACUAAUCGACUAUACCACGCAACGCAAGCUUCACAGCCAGUCCGCCGCCGGCGCCGCAAGCUUGACAGCGAGUGCUUGGUAGCCUAGCUUGCCAACAUUCGAUUCUUCAUGCGCGCGAGUCGUUGGCUCGUUGCUGUUA